AUGAUCCACACUGGGGAACGACCCUACACAUGUACGGAAUGUGGGAAGAGCUUCCGCCAGAGCUCAACACUCCGCAUCCACCAGCACAUCCACACUGGGGAAUGUCCCUACACGUGUAGGGAAUGUGGAAAGAGCUUCAACUACAGCUCCAGACUCUAUGAGAGGCCCUUCCGCUGCACCGACUGCAGGAAGGGCUUCAAGUACAACUCCCACCUCAUCAGCUCAGAUCUCCUGAAGCACCAGCGGACGCACACGGAUGAGAGGCCCUUCUGCUGCACUGACUGCGGGAAGGGCUUCAAGCGGAACUCUCACCUCGUCAGGCACCGGCGCAUCCAUACCAGGGAGAGGCCCUACAAGUGUGGGGAGUGUGGGAAGAGCUUCACCAACAGCUCUGCCUUGACCUCACACCAACGAACCCACCAGUAAAGGAAGCCCUACCAGUGUCCCAACUGCGGGAAGAGCUUCCGUUGCUUUUUCCACCCUGAAUGAACCCCCUGAUGGUGAGGCAACCCCUGGAGUCCAGUGACUGUCAGUCCAUCCCUUUCUACCACAAAGGGCCAGUCC